AUGCGAGAGGCUGGGAUGUGGAGCUGUCCUCAAAGGCGCACGCCCGCGAAGGCACGCAUGAUCGUUCUAUUCUACGAUCGCGCGGCUCGCAUGCUGCAGCCCAUUAGCGACGCGGCCAGCCGCGCUGCUGACUGGCAGCUGGAGGAGUGGCGCCUCGGCUGGAGGUGCUGCGGGACGACUGUCUCCUCCUUCGGUUGCGUGUGGAUAUUUUGUGACUGA